GUGACGUAAUGUUCGGUACUCCAGAAUAGCGCGCAGCGGCGGAGGAGCAGCUACACGGCUCCGCGGAGCGCCUUCCUCUGGCCAAUGUUUGCUCCCUUCAUUUGGACUGCUCCGGUUCGGAACCAGCCUGAGCGGCGGGAUGUUGGCGCUGAAGGAGAACCAGUGUUACGGGCUGUCUGGCGGUAAACUGAGCCCGAGCGGCAACAACGUCUCCGUUUUUCAUGUAAAACUCACUGACAGCGCGGCAAGAGCUAUUGGUACCUUCCUGAGCAGCAAGGGACGAUCAACUCAUCCCAUCAUCAGCUUUAGUGGAAAUCAAGGGAGAAUCUCCAUCCCCUGUUCAGAUAAUAGCGUUGAAGUGAGGAUUUUCACCUUUGGCGUGGCUAAUGUCGCCCGUGACAACCCUCAUGGAAGCUUUGACUGCGUCAAACAGCUCAGCACGGGAGCUGCCGAGGAGUUGUCAUGUCUCGGGGUGAUUCAGAAGAAGAUAACAGUCAACGCUACCGAUGACUCGUACGAUAAGGCUCGUCAGAACCUGGCUCAAGCUGAGGAAGAGACUCGCAGCCGCGGGGCCAUUGUUAUCAAAAACGGAGCCCGCUACCAGGGUAAGAAGGUGACGGUGCGAGCUCCAGCCCCCGCUCUGGCUAAGUUGACCAAGCCCAAACACACGCCUCACACCCUCCUCAGCAACAUUAGGAAGGGAGUCGCCGCCGCAUCCCGGCAGAGUAAGGCUCCGUGUCCGGCUAACAGGAGGAGCGUGGGAGAUGUGAAAGAGAAGCCCCUGGGGGAGAGAGUCAUGCACCUGCUGGCUCUGAGGCCGUACAAGAGGCCCGAACUGAUGCUGAGGCUGCAGAGAGACGGGCUGACAGAUGGAGACAAAGACGGGUUGGACUCUGUAAUGAAGGAGGUUGGCCAGCCCAGCGGCAGAGACGGGACGUUUGUCCUGAAGGACGGUCUUUUUAAGGAUCUGCAGAAGGACUGGCCCGGCUACACCGUAGGAGACCAGCAACUUCUAAAACGCAUCCUCGUUAGGCGACUUUUCCAACCACAACAAAACCUCCUGACUGUUCCCGAGGCGCAGGUCAGCCCUCUACGAGACACCCCCAACUCGUCACCAGCACACCGUCCAAGACAAGCGCUGUUGGAGGAGUCCACGGACCAUGUGGCCAGCAAGAAGCCUCGGAUCUCCCACUUGUCAAGCAAAGCAACUGGUGAAAACUUAGGGCUGAGGCCGUCCAAACACAGGACUCACAAGGACACGGAAGUGAAAGCGGAGGACAGGCAAGGAAACUCACUCUAUCCUAAAAAACUGAUGGACUCGCUGUCAGCAGUUUGUCAACAGGAAGCAGAAGUGGCUAAAAGACUAGAGCUGACGGAUGCUGCUCACGAGGGACAAAAAGACCCUGAGAGACACCCUUUAAUAAACUCUAGCCGCCCCUCGUCCCUGCUGACGGUUCCUGAUCUGAGCAGACACACGGUCAAAAAAAAGAAGAGCAAACACAAACACAGAGAUCAGGACGAAGACAGGUGGAGAGGCAGGAAAGAACGAAGAACAGAGGUUACAGAUGACAAAGUGACUCUAGAAGACCCAGAGCCGAACGAGAUGUUGUUUGAUUCUGACGAGCCUCGAGCGGAUCCCGAAUCAGCAGAUUAUUUAUCAAAGUACACGGUGAUUUGCCGCUACGACCAGAGGCAGAGUUAUAAGGAAGAUUUUAACAAGGAGUACAGCGAGUACAGGGACCUGCACGCUCGUAUCGACGGCGUGACGCGGCAGUUCAUGGAGCUGGACGCGCAGCUCAAACUACUUCGUCACGAUUCCCAUAAAUACAAGACGGUUCAUAAUAAAAUUCUUCAAGAGUAUCAGAAAAUUAAAAAGUGCAACCCCAACUACAAUCAGGACAAAGUUCGCUGCGAGCAUCUCCACGACAAACUGGCUCACAUUAAGAAGCUCAUCUCAGACUUUGACCAGCAGCAGCUGACCGUAGAUCAGUUCUGUCCCAAACAAAGUGUCUCGUUGGCAUGAGAGUGGAGAGAACAGGAAACGCCCAGAGGCAGAAGGGGGUCGUGCUGCUGGGUCUAGUGUCAAUGGACCUCAGAAGCCCCAGACAGGUUUGGGGUUUAUGAUCAUGCUACUGCAUCAGACCGGCACCGCCACGGCCAAUAAGACGGUUCUGCAGAAGCUCCAAAACCUGGAAACACAUGCAGAGGUGCUAAGCCUGAAAAUAAGCCAAUCACUUCACUUGCAAAGUAUUGUUUGUGUUAUUGAGUCCGUGUUCCCGUUUCAAGAUGAAAAAACUGCAUGCUGUAAAUAUUCACAAAGAUCACACAAAUACGAGUGUUACCGGCAGCUAUGAUGCAGAUGUGUCCCGAGCAGACGCACGUCUUUGGUGGGAUUAUCAGUGUUGCUGAUUAUCCGUCUGUGUUUUUUUAUAUAUAAAGCCUUAAAUGGUUUUUACUUUAAACUGGAUUUGUUGUAUUUUUUUUAACUGGUUUUAUUCUUUGUUCUGUUCCCAGAUAGUCACAUUGUGUUAGCUUUAAGUGUGUUCAGGGAAUGUAAAGUAUGAUCCUCACUGAAAGCGUAAACUGUUUUUACCUUCAUAGAAGAAAAUGACAUAAAUCCUGGAGGCUGAGAAGAGUGGGGAGAAGUCUGGAUGCAUGCUGUUCCUUACAGAAUGCAUGAUGAGCACAUUAAAAUAUGUCAGAUUUAAAUAAAUUUGUACUGAUCUGUUA